GUGUGUGUGGCAGCUCUGAGACGCUGGCGUUACAAUAAUAGCUCUCUAUGCGGGCGUGUGUGAGAGAGAGAACGCACGCACGCAAACCAUAUGCACCUGCUCUGACGCCCUAACUCUCACAUUAAUAUUAUUGAGAAGAACUGUUGCCAGGACUGGAGUGCAUCUUUAACGAGAGGCGUAGCUAUUCAUUUGUGCCCCCCGGAGAACAAAUUUCCGCUUCCUGCUAUGAAAAACGUCGAACUUUUGACCUAAUCGCAUCAAAUGUGGACUGCAGAACAGAAAAACAAGCGAGAAGUAAUAAUGGAAUUCUGUUUUAUGAAAGCGCAAUUUAAAGCAUCCGAGUGUGCUGAAAAUAUCGGUAUGCACAAGUCGGGAAACUGAAUGAAAGGUAUUUUUCUUCCACAUUUAAAACACCUUCAAUAUGUCGGAGAGAGGGGGUCUCCCGCGGAUUGGGGGCACGCCAUCUCCACAUAUGCAGCCGUCCAAGACAGUAACUAUCUCCCCGAACCGUCCGGUUCAAAUGAACCUGUAUGCAACCUGGGAAAUUGAUCGCUCUUCUCCAAGCUGUGUGCCCAGGCUCUUCACUGUUACCCUGAAGAAGCUGCUGAUGCUUCAGGAGCUGGACAGAGACCUAACCUCUGUUGUCAUUGCAGUCAAACUCCAGGGAUCAAAGCGCAUUUUGCGUUCCAAUGAGAUCCUGUUGGCAUCGGCUGGACUUACUGAGACUGAUCUUCAGCUGACAUUCUCCUUGCAAUAUCCACAUUUUUUGAAACGAGAUGCCAACAGAUUGCAGAUCAUGUUGCAGAGGAGGAAGAGGUACAAGAACCGCACCAUUCUGGGCUAUAAGACCCUGGCUCUGGGCCUUAUCAACAUGGCAGAGGUGAUGCAGCAUCCCAGUGAGGGAGCCCGUGUGUUGGCUCUCCACACCACAGUGAAGGACACGGCUGUGACUGUGGCUGAGAUGAGGGUCUACUCGCUCUCCAGCCAGCCCAUCGACUACGAGGUGUCCAAGGCCAAACUGUCAGACCGCUCCCCUGACAUUGACAACUACUCUGAGGAAGAGGAAGAGAGCUAUUCAUCAGAGCAGGACGGGAGUGAUGACCCUGCUCACAUCCAGUAUCUGUUCGACGAAGAAGAUGACAUGAGGAAGAAGAAGCACAGACGCAAACUCACCUCUGCAGCCUCCAUCACCAGAGGUCAUCCCAACAUCAAGCAGAAGUUUGUGGCCUUGUUAAAGAGGUUUAAAGUGUCUGAUGAGGUGGACUUUGGCCUGAAGCAUGUGUCCCAAGAGCACAUCCGUGAUGUGGAGGAGGACCUGGAUGAGCUCUAUGACAGUCUAGAGAUGUACAACCACAGUGACAGCGGCCCAGAGAUGGAGGAGACGGACAGCAUCCUCAGCACACCCAAACCCAAGCUCAGGCCCUUCUUUGAGGGCAUAUCCCAGUCCAGCUCGCAGACCGAGUUUGGCAGUCUGAACAGCAGGUGCAGUCUGCCCAAAGACACCCUGAGCCCACAAGGAGAUCCGCCCCAAUCAGGCAAGAUGAACUGCACUCGCUCACGCAACCUGGAUGACUCUAAGACAGACACUCAGGAGCUGAUUGAUCCGAAGGGGUUACUGGAGACAACCGCCUGCAUCACUGUCUCUGUCCCAGAGAAGCUACCCAGGACCCCGACGAGGGAACUGAGGAGCAGCAACAGUGAGAGCCACACCACCAUGCCCUCCCCCAGGUUGAAUGGUGGGCACACACCCAGGCAGAGACGUGGGACGCCAAUGAAGGAGAGGCGAGCGCUGUCCAAACCACUGAGCGAACGCACCAACAGCUCUGACAACGAGAGGUCACCAGAGCUCAGCCGCACCCCACAGGUGCCCAGGAAGGCUGUGUAUGACCAGCUGAAUCUGGUCUUCUCCUCAGACACUGCCCUACCAGACAGCCUAGUCCUGGUCAACACCAGUGAUUGGCAGGGACAGUAUGUGUGUGAGGUGCUACUGGCCCAGAAGCAGCCAGUAGUGUGUACCUCCUGUGGGGUGGAAAUUCAGGCUGUCCUCACCACCCUCCUCACACGCAUCCAGAAGUUCUGUAACUGUAACUCGUCCACGCCGCCGCCGGUCAAGGUGGUGGUGGUAGGGGGACAGAGCUACCUGGGGGCCGUCCUACACGUCUUUGUCAGUCAGCUGGCCAACAAAACAUCCGAUUGGCUCAGCCUCAUCCACUUCCUGGUUGUCCCCCUGGGCUGUCACCCUGUAGCCAAGCACCUGGCCUCCCUGGACCCUCGCUACAGUUCUGUGUUCCUGGACAAUUCCUGGAAAGAUCUGUUCAGCGGCCUGGAGCCCCCUCGCUCCACUGCAGACGGAGUGGACGUGGCAGCAAGGAUCAGGCAGUACAUCAGCAGCGUCUCUGUCACACACCAGUUACCUAUCGCUGAGGCCAUGCUCACCUGCGAGAACAAGAGAUAUGACGAAGACUCUUACCAGAAGUUUGUUCCCUUCGUUGGGGUGGUGAAAGUAGGGUUGAUUGAACCGACUCUGGCGUAUUCAGGUGGAGACACUGAGGAGGCUGUUAGUGUUAGCUUGGCUGUUCCCUCUACCUCCCCACAAUCUCAUGGAUCUCCCACAGGGAUGCCCAGAGAAGCUUCCACACCCCCAUCUCCCUCCCUGAGCAGCGGACUGGUGAGCCCUAAUAUGUCCCAUGGGGUGGACACCAUUGGGCUGACGGUGGAUUAUUGGGUAGCGACAUGCUCAGAGCGGAAGAAGGAUGGGGAGCGGUGUGACAAGGGCUCCAAGAACACGCUGAAGAGUGCCUUCUGCUCCCUGCAGGUCAGCAGGCUGCCAGGAGGGGGCUCCACUGAGAACCAGCCCAACACCAUGGCCAUGACCAUGGUCACCAAGGAGAAGAACAAGAAAGUCUCCACCAUAUUCCUGGGCAAGAAGCCCAAAGAGAGGGAUGUAGACUGUAAAAGCCAGGUGGUAGAGGGCAUCACCAGACUCAUCUGUUCUACCAAGCAGCAGCAGACCAGCCUAAAAGUGUCUGUUGACGGUGUGGAGUGGACUGAUGUCAAGUUCUUCCAGCUGGCUGCCCAGUGGCCCACUCAUGUGAAGUACCUGCCAGUGGGGCUGUUUGGUUACAACAAGACAGCCACCUAGAGGCCAACCCAGACAAGCCCGCCCCCUAGAGGCCAACCCAGACAAGCCCGCCCCCUAGAGGCCAACCCAGACAAGCCCGCCCCCUAGAGGCCAACCCAGACAAGCCCGCCCCCUAGAGGCCAACCCAGACAAGCCCGCCCCCUAGAGGCCAACCCAGACAAGCCCGCCCCCUAGAGGCCAACCCAGACAAGCCCGCCCCCUAGAGGCCAACCCAGACAAGCCCGCCCCCUAGAGGCCAACCCAGACAAGCCCGCCCCCUAGAGGCCAACCCAGACAAGCCCGCCCCCUAGAGGCCAACCCAGACAAGCCCGCCCCCUAGAGGCCAACCCAGACAAGCCCGCCCCCUAGAGGCCAACCCAGACAAGCCCGCCCCCUAGAGGCCAACCCAGACAAGCCCGCCCCCUAGAGGCUAACCCAGACAAGCCCGCCCCCUAGAGGCCAACCCAGACAAGCCCGCCCCCUAGAGGCCAACCCAGACAAGCCCGCCCCCUAGAGGCCAACCCAGACAAGCCCGCCCCCUAGAGGCCAACCCAGACAAGCCCGCCCCCUAGAGGCCAACCCAGACAAGCCCGCCCCCUAGAGGCCAACCCAGACAAGCCCGCCCCCUAGAGGCCAACCCAGACAAGCCCGCCCCCUAGAGGCCAACCCAGACAAGCCCGCCCCCUAGAGGCCAACCCAGACAAGCCCGCCCCCUAGAGGCCAACCCAGACAAGCCCGCCCCCUAGAGGCCAACCCAGACAAGCCCGCCACCUAGGGGCCAACCCAGACAAGCCCGCCACCUAGGGGCCAACCCAGACAAGCCCGCCACCUAGGGGCCAACCCAGACAAGCCCGCCACCUAGGGGCCAACCCAGACAAGCCCGCCACCUAGAGGCCAACCCAGACAAGCAUUAUUGUUACAGGACCAAGGAGAGUUGUUACAGGACCAAGGAGAGUUGUUACAGGACCAAGGAGAGUUGUUACAGGACCAAGGAGAGUUGUUACAGGACCAAGGAGAGUUGUUACAUGAUGACAUGGAUUGACGCCACUAAGAAGAGGCCAUAAUCUCUGUUAUUUGAUGCUGGAGGGAUGAGGAGUUUCUCUUCUUCUUCUUGCCAUGAUCCUAAUAGUUGGACCUGUUUUCAGAAAGCCUUUCAUAAUUUUUCUGUGAGAUACUUUUUUGUGUGUGUGGCACAAGCGUGUGUGUGAGCACCCCAAACUCUUGUGAAUUUAUGUGCAUAUAGGCAUGGGUUGUCAUAGAAACAAAAACUUAAAACACUACAGAAAUCUAAAAUAUUUAGUUUACUUCAAAGCUUGUGGUGGUCAAACACGUAUUUUUAUAAUGGUACAUGUACUAUAGUGUGAGCACUGCAGAUGUCCUUUUGUUACUGAUAUGCUUGAAAUGGAGCUUCGGUGUCGUCCAUUUUUAGGUAAUCUUAAAAAAAUAUUGACAUGUCCUUUUGACCUGAAGAAAUAAAUUAUCACAACUUA